AUCAUCGCUCUGUCGACUGCAGGACUCCCAUUACUGUGACUGAGAGAGAAGAGACGUGAGUGCUGCCUGCCCGUAUAUGUGUGUGUGUGUCCGUUAGAAACCGUCGGAGGGUGUAAUAUUGACUGGGAGGAGUCAGACACUGUGAUUUGUAGAUCCUUUGAUGGAUGAUUCCUAUAUGUGAAUGAGGGAGGACGCGUGUGGGAGAUUGUACGACUCCUUCUUUCAGAGCUCUUCCCAAGAGGAAAGAAAUGGAGAGGGGACUGUAAAAGCAGACUGUGGUUGAACCACAGCACAAAGACCAGAGCAAAACCAGCCGGUAGAGAAGAAAACAGCCAUACAAGAGUUCACCUUAGUAUUUGAAACCAGUCUGAGGCUUCAAUUAAAUUUACUUUUAGUUUUAAUUUCUUUUAUUUUGAGUGUUUUAACUUCAGCUUUCUGUGUAAUAGUUUAGUUUAUGUUUAGCUACUAGAGAGUAGAGGUUUAAACAAACUCUGCUUCUUGGACUCUGGUGUGGAGAUGCUGGGUUGGGCUGGUUUGUGGAUUUGGGGUGCACUGGGUGCCCUGGUUCUGGUGGGUCAGUCUGAAGCGUGCCCACCUCACUGUUCCUGUACGGGGACCACCGUGGACUGCCAUGGACUUGCCUUCAAGAAUGUGCCACGAAAUAUACCAAAGAACACAGAAAGACUAGACUUGAACGCAAACAAUCUGACACACAUUGGAAAGGACGACUUUGCUGGACUGAAGCACCUGAGGAUUUUACACCUCAUGGAUAAUCAAAUUGUUUCUAUAGACAAAGGAGCAUUCAGUGAUCUCAAGGAGUUGGACAGAUUGCGUUUAAACAGAAAUCGUCUCCAGCAAAUCCCCGAGCUUCUGUUCCUGAAGAAUCCGGCUCUCUCCAGACUGGACUUAAGUGAAAACUUUAUACAGGUCAUACCAAGGAGAGCGUUUCGAGGUGCUACAGACAUCAAGAACUUACAGCUGGACAAGAACCACAUCAGCUGCAUUGAGGAUGGAGCAUUUCGUGCCAUGAGAGUUUUGGAGGUCCUCACACUGAACAACAACAAUAUCAGCACCAUCCCUAUCUCCAGCUUCAAUCACAUGCCCAAAUUACGUACAUUCCGUCUGCACUCUAACAGUCUGCGAUGUGAUUGUCAUUUGUCCUGGCUGUCUCAAUGGCUCAGACAGAGACCAGCGCUGGGUCUGUACACCCAAUGCAGUUCUCCAUCCAACCUACAUGGCCUCAACCUCGCUGAAUUACAAAAGAAAGAGUUCACGUGCGCUGGUAUUUUGGAUUCAAGUCCCCAGCCAUGUAGCCUGGCAUCUGGUUCUUGUCCGCCCAUGUGCACCUGCAGUAACAAUAUUGUGGACUGUAGAGGAAAAGGUCUCACGGCCAUUCCUGCCAAUAUGCCAGAAAGCAUGACUGAAAUACGAUUAGAGCAGAAUGGUAUUAAAUCUGUUCCUCCAGGAGCGUUUGCCCCCUACAAGAGACUGCGUAGAAUUGAUUUGAGUAAUAACCAAAUAUCUGAAAUUGCCCCUGAUGCGUUUCAAGGUUUGCGCUCACUCAACUCACUGGUUCUUUAUGGAAAUAAGAUUACAGAUCUGCCUCGAGGUGUUUUUGACGGAUUGAGCGCAUUAGAAUUACUACUAUUAAAUGCCAAUAAAAUCCACUGCGUUCGUGUAAACGUCUUUCAGGACCUCGAAAACCUGUCUCUAUUGUCUCUGUAUGACAAUAAGAUCCAGACUUUAGCCAAAGGGACAUUUGCUCCACUGAAAUCCAUCCAGACACUACACUUGGCUCAGAAUCCAUUCGUCUGUGACUGCAGUUUAAAGUGGCUUGCUGAUUUUUUGCGCUCCAACCCGAUUGAGACCAGCGGUGCACGCUGCUCGAGCCCACGACGUCUCGCCAACAAACGCAUCAGUCAAAUUAAAAGCAAGAAGUUUCGGUGUUCAGCCAAGGAACAGUACCACAUUCCAGGUGCGGAGGACACGCGCUUGAAUAAGGACUGUAACAGCAAGCCUGUGUGUCCACCAAAAUGUCGCUGUGAAGCUACUGUAGUGGACUGCUCGAAUUUACGUCUUACCAAGUUCCCAGAGCACCUGCCACUCUCUACUACUGAACUUCGUCUUAAUAACAACGACCUGUCCAUCCUGGAGGCAACAGGACUGUUUCGGUCCCUCACACAUCUGAAAAAGAUAAACCUUAGCAACAAUAAAAUCUCUGAGAUUGAAGAUGGAGCUUUCGAUGGUGCGUCGUCUGUGGUUGAACUUCACCUGACUGCCAAUCACUUGGUGUCCGUGCGUGGAGGAAUGUUCCGGGGAAUGGACGGAUUACGCAUGCUGAUGCUCAGGAAUAAUCACAUCCGUUGCGUCCACAACAGCAGCUUUGCUGGCCUUCAAAAUGUUCGUCUGCUCUCGCUCUACGACAACCAGCUUACCACAAUCAUGCCAGGAGCCUUUGACACACUACCAAACCUCUCUACCCUAAAUCUGCUGGCAAACCCUUUUAAUUGCGAUUGUCGUCUGUCUUGGUUGGGAGAAUGGCUUCGCUCUCGGCAGAUUGUGACAGGGAAUCCUCGCUGCCAGAACCCUCCUUUCCUGAGAGAGAUCCCGUUGCAGGAUGUGGCAAAGCCCGACUUCCGCUGUGACAAAGCUAUUGUCGAAGACAACACUGGCUGUGUCCCCAAGCCGGAGUGUCCCGAGGAGUGCAAUUGUGUGGAUACUGUGGUGCGCUGCAGUAACAAACACUUGGUUGGCCUUCCCCAUGGCGUCCCACACAACGUCACUGAACUAUACCUGGAUGGGAAUCAGUUUGUUGCCGUACCCAAAGAGCUUUCAACAUUUAAGCACCUUCAGCUCGUGGACUUGAGCAACAAUAAAAUCAGUUCCCUAUCCAACUCAUCUUUCGCCAACAUGAGCCAGCUCACCACACUCAUCUUGAGUUACAAUGCACUGAACUGUAUUCCUCCUCUUGUGUUUGGAGGUCUGUCCUCUCUACGAUUGCUCUCUCUUCAUGGUAACAAUAUUUCCGAAUUACACCAAGAAAUCUUCAGAGAUUCUGCAUCUUUAUCACACCUGGCCAUCGGUGCAAAUCCGCUCUACUGUGAUUGUCGUAUGCGUUGGCUGUCUGACUGGGUGAAAAGUGGGUAUAAGGAACCCGGCAUCGCCCGCUGUGCUGGGCCAAAGGGGAUGGACGGAAAACUGCUGCUUACCACGCCAGGCAAUAAUUUCCAAUGCACAGGCCUUGUGGAUCCAUCCGUGUCUGGGAAAUGCAGUCCAUGUUCCUCAAACCCCUGCCAAAAUCAAGGCCGAUGCCACAAUGAUCCUGUACAUCUGUACAAAUGCAUCUGUCCUCAGGGUUACAAGGGAAAAAGCUGUGAGAUUCCUAUCGACGCCUGUGAAGGCAAUCCAUGUGUAAAUGGAGGAACUUGCAACACGAAAGAGGCAAGAAAAGGCUUCAGCUGUACGUGUCCUCUGGGAUACGACGGUCAGUUCUGCGAGGUAGACGUCGAUGAUUGUGUAGAUAACAAGUGUGAAAAUGGCACCAUCUGUGUGGAUGGAGUGGGAAAUUACACCUGUGUCUGUCCUCAUCCCUUCUCAGGCCCAAAAUGUGAAGAGUAUGAGGAAGAUCUGUGUUAUCCUGGACAAAAUCCUUGCCAUCGUGGCUCUACUUGUAUACCAACAGUCACAGGACCAAAAUGCAUCUGUCCGCCUGGUUUUGUUGGAGAUGACUGCAGUAUAGAUUAUAAUGAAUGUAAUGGGCAUUAUUGUCAGAAUGGGGCUCGGUGUGUAGAUCAUGUAGCAGGUUAUACCUGUGUUUGCCCACAGGGUUACAGUGGUCGGUUAUGUGAAGUGGCUCUUAUUCCAUCCGGCUGCGAGUUGGUGCACUGUGAGAAUGGCGCCCCCUGUGUGGAGAGUGAAGCAGGUGCAGCGUGUCAAUGUCUGCCUGGAUUCGGGGGGUCACAUUGUGAAAAGCUUCUCAGUGUUAACUUCAUCGACAGAGACUCGUACCUGCUGCUGAGUGACCUUAAAAACUGGCCCCAGACCAACAUCACUCUACAGGUCUCUACGGCGGAGGACAAUGGCGUCCUUCUCUACAAUGGAGUCAAUGACCACAUUGCUGUAGAGCUGCACGAAGGACACGUCAAAGUGACCUACGAUUCAGGAAACCAGCCAGGCAGUACUAUUUACAGCUCGGAAAUAGUGAACGAUGGAGAGUUUCAUACAGUCGAGUUGGUUACAUAUGAACGGAUGGUCAAUUUAUCUGUCGAUGGAGGGCUUCCCACGACUCUAGACAGCCUGGGACACGUCCAACCUCUCAUCAGAGACGCCCCACUAUACGUCGGUGGUAAGCCUGAAAACGUCCAGUCGUUGUCGUUUAACCAGUGGCCGGGGCUUAAUGGAUCCAGUUUUCAGGGUUGCAUUCGGAAUCUGUACAUUAAUAACGAGCUACAGGACUUCACUCGUACCCAGAUGAAGCCUGGGGUGGUGCCCGGGUGUCAGCCUUGUCAGGAACUCCGCUGUGUGCAUGGACUGUGCCAACCGGCUACCGCUGUUGGACCCGUGUGUCACUGCAAGGCGGGUUGGGGCGGGCCACACUGUGAUCAAGUCCUUCUUAUGGCGGCCGUCAACCCUUGCCAGAAAAACAAGUGUGUCCAUGGUACGUGUGUUCCAGUAGACAUUCAGUCUUAUCGCUGCGAGUGCGCAGAGGGUUUUCAUGGCUCUUUAUGCAGUCAACCUGAAGUUCCCCCAGAUCCCUGUACAGCUCUCACCUGCCAACAUGGCUACUGCGAGUUAUCACAGACGGGUCAGGCACGGUGCAUCUGUGACAGUGGCUACAGUGGCCGAUUAUGUGACAUAGUGUCUCCCUGUCAGGGUGAAUCCGUGAGGGAUUUCCAACGCAUACGUCGCGGUGAAGUCCAGUGUCGGAGCACGCAGCCGCUGUCGUGGCUGGAGUGUCGCGGGGGCUGCAGGGCGGACACGGGCCUCUGCUGCACCAGUACCAGAGUACGGCGAAGACGCUACAGUUUUGAGUGUGACGACGGCAGUUCAUUUACGCAGGACGUCGAGAAGACCGUUGAAUGUGGUUGUGAUAAGUGUGUGUAGUCAUAUUUAAAGACUAGGGGCUGCAGAGAAGAGAGUUAAAAGCUGGGACAUAUAGAAAUAGAAUGCAUUCGUAUCUAUGUACCAUGGACCAUAAUAUCUGUGAUGUAGAGGAGUUUGAAGAACUAUUUAAGAGAAGAUAACACUUGCAUGAGAAUGACUCAUUCAUUUCACAUCUAAAUGUUGUGAGCUAACCAACAACUGGAUUAGUUGCUUAGUGGAAUUUGAUUAAUUCGGUUUAACAGACAAGAUGUUAUACAGGCACUAUAGUAUUGAUAUCAUUUUAAAAGCGGGGUGCAUGAUCUCUGAAAGCCAAUGUUGACAUUUGAAAUCACCUAAACAAACACGCCCCUACCCCAAUAGAAUCUGGACCUUCUUUUGAUAGACCCGCCCCACACAUACACAAUGCAGGCAACGAUGUCGGUUAGUAGACACGCCCCUUACUGCUGAUUGGUUACAAGUGUGUUUUGGUACUCAGCGAUUUUCAAAUAUCAUGCACCCCGCCUUUAAUAUCAUUGUAAAGUAUUUGUUUAACUUUAAGUUUGAUUGUAAUAUAUACUGUUUUUAAUUUCAAUAUAGUAUUUUUGUAUGUUGAACACCGACUUUGGUGAUGUACAAUUUUUUACUUUUUAGUUUUCUACACACAGUUGUUUGACAGAGUAGUUUGUUUUUGUGUUUCCGUUCAAAUGGUCUCACACAAAUUUUGUUGUGACCUGAUGCCGUUUCUAUUUAUUUCAUUAAAGUUUUUGUCGUCAAUUUUUCUUCUUUUUUGUGAUUUACGUGGUUUUUGAGUACACUAGAGGUGCAAAUAGGACUUCACAAUACAAUACAAUACAAUAUCGAUUCUCAGCCAGUGAUACAAAUACAAUUUUGCAUUUAAAUUAAGUAUAAUCAGCUUGGUUUUAAAAAGUCAUUUCAAAUCUUGACUAGUUAUGUAUAGAAGGUUUUUCCUUUAAUUUUAAAUUAAUUAAUUAAAUGAUCAAAUACAAAUUUUUACAGCAAAAUAUGUCCCAAAAUUAAAUUAUUUCAUUUUAAUCUUUACAUCUGUACACAUUCUGUGUUGCCUGUACCACCCCAUGAGUACCAGGUCUUACUUCUCUGGGGAAAAUGUGUCAUUUUAACCGAUUUGUGUUGAUUUUGUGUUAAAAUAAAAGUUGUUCCAAUAAUAAUAAUAAUAAUAAUGUG